CGGUGGUGAUGUGGUUGAAUCGUGACCACCUAACUCAGGUGUAUUCUGCCUGCGACUGCAUUAGUCUCUCUCGACCCGUGAAUGAAGUUCGCCGCACCGUGUAGCUAGUAGUCGCUCGGCAUUUUCAGGUAUAAUAGCCGUGACCGUGAUUGAAGGCCUUUCGGUGGUGUGCUGCCUUUCAUUAUAAGCUUGCUAGUGGGUACACGACGAUCGAUAGCAAGUUACAAGCGAGCAGCAAUCAACAAGGAAGUUGGUGACCGCGCGCCAGUAAAAGUGAAACAUGGAGAAAUAGUUUCAUUCAGGUUUUCCAUUGCAUUGUGUGGCUGGGCUGGCUGACUGCCGUCGCGGCCAGUGUAGUGCAAAGUGCAGUUGCACAAUCGUCGUCUGCAAACUGAUUCAUAAGUACAAACAUUUAGUUGGAUCCGUCCGAAAGUGAUAACGACCAACUGCAGUGCCUUUUCUCCAGCUGCUGUUCUCCGUUCCGAGUUGUGCAAUUUCGUGACCAUAAGUGAAAAACAAGCUCUUUAGUCUAUCGGUUCGGAACAGUGAUUGAGUUGUUGACGCCGGGAUAAAAGUUCUAGUCUGCCUCCGCGCCGACUAAGUGUGCGUGCGUGCGCCCACAACUAGCUGACGACUAUCGUCUAGCUAAUUACUGCAAAUAAUGAGUAAACCAAGCGCGACCAAGGCGAGUCGCAUUUCUCGAGACAGUGGCAUUUGCGUCGAAGACAGCGCACAAAGCGAUUCGUCCCCCGGAGACAGAUCGGUGAAGAAACGUUUCCCGGCCGGCGGUGGACCCGGUUCUGACGGUAGACCUCGAGUGAAAUCGUCCUACGUUCACCGGUUAACGCAGCACUUCGAAACUUUGACGUGUCACGAUGAAAGCAGCCGAAACCCCUCGGCAGCAUCAUCCAUCUGCUCCAGUAGGUCAGUUUAUCAGCGGGAGCUAGAAGAAAACGCCGCGCGUGUUGUACAAGUGCCCCCGCAGACGGAAGUUGAACUUGAAGGGUCUGCUAGUAGUGCCGACCAGUGCGAUAAAAAAGAAGAAAAAAUGGAUGACGCAGUGCAAGUGAUUGAAAAUUUGUACAAUGAAAUUCUGGUGGAAGAUAAGCGUGUUCAAAAAAAGCUUGGUGUAGUAAGCCAGAGGAUUCACCUGGUGUCGACCUUCGAUGACGAUCAGUCGGGGGAUCACCUUUCGUUGAAUGUUGUGGAAAACAGCCAAGAGAUGGGCGGGUGUGAUAAGAUAACAAAAGAAGAGCAUUCCGAUAGUGAAUCGAACAGGGACUCCGCUGACUUCGAGCUUUCGGAUACGUCACAAGAACCCGCAGUGGUGGCAGAAGCACGAAAUGCGUUCAUAUCUCAAGAGCCCGCCGGUCAUGGGCACUACCAUGACGACGACCAAUUCAGCGACACUGAUUCAUUCGAUUCUUCCGAUGACGAGGAACUGAUUGCGCUAAGCAAUUCCAGGCCUGAUUCAGAUUCGUCAAUCAAAUCAGCACGCAUCAGCAACAUCAUAAAAGAGUUGUUGGAAAAUGAGGAAAACUACGUACAAACUCUCGAGAAAGGAAUCGAGAACUACCUGGGUGUGAUGAACGAAAAGGAUUUGCCGCCUGCACUGAGGGGACAAAAGUACCACAUUUUUGGUAACAUUGAGAGCAUUUACGAGUUCCACAAAGACAAGUUCCUACCAAAACUGCGCGAAAAUUGUGCCAGUAUACAGGGUGUCGCGGAGACCUUUAUCCAAUUCAUUGAGGAAAAUCGAUUCUACUGCUACAUCUUGUUUGCGUUGAAUCGACCAAAGUCGGAGAAGAUUUGCAAUAAAAACUUGGACUUCUUUCAAGAAAGACAAAACCAAGUUGGUGAUAAACUAGGACUCAACAGUUUUCUUCUUCAACCGAUUCAACGAUUACCGAGGUACAAACUGUUGCUAGCCGAAAUCAACAAAGAAGCUCUGAAGUUGAUAGCCGACGCCCUUAUGGAUACAGUAAAAGAUGAGAUCGGAGUUCUGUGUAAGGCAGAAAAACGGUUGGAGCGGUUUAUCGACAUCGUAAACGAGGCCAUGAGCAUCAACGAUAUUUGCGAAUGUUACGAGCUCAACCUUUUCCACCAGGGCAAGUUCCGCAAAAUGUUCGAAAUGGACGUCUAUGACUGGGACCGAAGGCGCCGCUAUCCGGCGAAGGUUUUCUUCUUCGAGAAGUGCAUCAUCUACACGGAGAAGAUCAAAGACUAUCUCGAAUACCGUGGCCACUUCGUCGAUUCCGAGGUGGGGCUGUACAACGACGGCAAGACGAAGCUGUGCGUGUUCGCAAAAAAGCGCGGCAUCCAGGAGGUGGAAAUUUCUAACAGCGACAUGAGCACCGUGCAGAAGAUGGCCGGUUACAUCGAAGACACGAUGAAACGCUUCGCCAUGCAGGAGCGUCAACGAAUCAACGAUCUUAGCAGCAAGAAGGAAUGGCACGAACAGCGAGUGCCCAGCGUGAUGACCAUCAACCGGGGAAGCACGGCCAGCGGCAAAAGUAUCGUUAGCAAUAACAGCAGUCGUGACAGUUAUGAAUCUGGCUCUCAAACUACAUGGGAUUCUGAGAAACCAGUACAAAGUUUGGUCACAGCUCAAAAGCAUUUUUGCCAGAUUUUGGCAAUCAAUCGAAAGUAUUAUUUUGGAGAGCUCCCGGAAGAACUAUCACAACAGAUUCAUCGCUUCAUUUCGGCGUAUGAUCAAUUGGUUGUAAUUCACAUGAAAAGAGUGUAUGAAGAUUUCUCCAAAGAAAGCGUGGGAGUCGAUGAAAUUUGCGAAUUUUUUAUUCAGUACUUCAAGGAGGAAUUAUUCGAGCCCUACAAUAAGUACUUGAAACUCUUUAAGAAAGCAGCCGGUAUCAUGAAAAACAUUCACAGAGCUUCGCGAACUUCUUUGAGCAGUACAAUGGUAGCCCAGACGACGGACGAUUUCACUUUCCUGAUCAUUGAAGUUUGGAAUAAAUAUCUGAACUUUGUACAAUCACAAAUUGUUCAGCUAUCCGAAAAAAUGAGUGAAACUACCUCUGAGCCGGAGAAAGAUUUGUUCCGCAAGUUGGCAUUUGUAGAGGUGCAGAUCAAUUCGUUCCGCAAAACACUCAUGCAAAACUAUAAGCUGUUCAAUCUAGAUGAAAACAUUUCUGCAUCCAGCUAUGGUCUGGUGCUCUACACCGACAGGGUCCGUUAUGGCAAUGAAACGCUGAGCUCGCACCGGGUGUUCAUAUGCGAGAAAGCAGUACUGUGUGUUCGGGUUCAAAUGGUGAAGGAUUGCAAUCGCAAUGCCGAGAAGUACAUUCAAAUGGUGUUCAAGGAUAAAUUUGUACGAGGCGUGAGCGUCGUUAAGCAGAGCAAAAAAUCGGAAAUAAGGCUCAACUUCGAAAUCGGAGGUAUUAAACAUGCUGUUGACUUUGGAAGCAAAGCCAACCGGGAUAAGUUCUAUGGUAACUACUGUAUGUUUUAUGGGAAGUGGUUCAGUGCGCGAUGGUAAUGAUGAAUAAAUGACCGUUCAGUUAAAAUCGAAA